AUGUUAUUUAUAAAAAUAGUGUUAUUAAGAGAAGAACUUAUGUUUGUCAACACGAAAGCUAUACAAAAAGCUUUACAAUCAAAAUCAAAUUCAAGAUGUUUAAUUGAAGUAUUGCAAGAAUUUAAUGAUGAGAAUGAUGAUGAAUUAUCUAGUAAAGACAGUCAAGUUGAAGAUUCUACAAGAGAUAAAGAAAACUUUACUUCUGAAAUGUUUCAACUACAAAAUUCUAAAAGAAAGCAGGCAAAAGAAGACCAGUAA